AUGAAAAUACCUCGAUGGGUCGUGUCUACACCAUCCGCAGUUUGUUUGGAGCUACAUGGGUUUUGCGACGCUUCGGAGAAGGCGUACGGCGCUUGCAUUUACGUUCGCGCAGUCUCUUCCAGCGGAAGCAUCCACGUUAACUUGCUGACCGCCAAAUCUAAGGUGGCACCGAUUGGAAAAACGAAAAAAGAUGGUACUGUCUGUUUGCCACGUCUGGAGCUCUCUGCAGCCCUCUUGCUAAGCCAUCUCUUCGAAAAGGUUCAAUCUAGCCUAAACCUUAAAGGUAGCAGUUUCUUCUGGACCGAUUCAACUAUAGUCCUUGCCUGGCUCUCCGCCAGUCCAUCGCGCUGGAAAACUUUUGUGGCAAAUCAGCCCUCAGAAAUCCAGCGAAUCACAACCAAAGGCAUCUGGGCACAUGUUCCAGGUACAGAAAACCCAGCAGAUGUCAUUUCGAGAGGAAUAUCACCAACACAGCUACACGAUUUCGUUCUGUGGUGGAGUGGGCCGCCAUGGCUCUCGAUGCCGUCUCGAUUUUGGUCACCAUUUACACGCCCCUCCGCAGAAACAUUCACUCCCGAACAACUAGAAGAACGAGUGAUUGCCCUUCCAAUUCAGGUCCAGCCUCCUAAUGAGUUGUUUCUGCGUUAUUCAUCCUUCAACAAACUCGUACGUGUUGUAUCGUGGAUCCAAAGAUUCAGUUUUAACUCGAGGAUUCAGAACCGUUACGGAAGGAAAACCGGGUUUCUUUCAGUAAUUGAAAUUAAACAGGCUACACACUGCCUGGUGAAACUCGCUCAGGAUGAAAGAUUCUCUCAGGAUCUCGCGGAAGUAGCUCGAAACGGGCAAGUCAAACAGAAUUCUCGAUUGAAAACUCUUACUCCAAUACUAACGAAUGGCGUAUUGCGUGUCGGUGGCCGGCUGCGCCAUGCUCCCGUAAGCUACGACCAACGGCAUCCGAUGAUCCUGCCGGACAAACAUCCUUUCACUGAGCUACUAGUAGUUCACUACCACCGAAGGCUUUUACAUGCUGGUCCGCAGUUGCUAAUUGCCACCAUUCGUGAAAGAUUCUGGCCGCUGCGAAUAAGAAACCUUGCCCGCCAAGCUGUUCACUCCUGCGUCAGCUGUUUUCGUUACAAACCUAAGAUCCUGCAACAGUUAAUGGGUGAACUUCCACCGGAGCGCGUUACACCAGCAUUCCCGUUUCUCCGCACGGGUUUGGAUUACUGUGGACCUUUUUAUUAUCGUCAAUCUCGCCGAGCUGCCCCUGUUAAAUGUUUUGUUUCCAUUUUCGUAUGCCUUGUAACUAAGGCGGUCCACAUUGAGUGCGUUGGAGACCUAUCGACCAACUCAUUCCUAGCUGCUCUGAAACGGUUUGUCGCUCGCCGAGGGAAACCAGAGUUGAUUGAGUGCGACAAUGCAACCAACUUUAAAGGAGCUCAACGCGAAUUGAACGAUUUAGCCCAACUAUUCUUAUCUCAGCAGCACCAAGAACUGAUCACUACCAACUGUACGGAAAAUGGGAUUACGUUCAAAUUCAUACCUCCUAGAUCCCCAAAUUUCGGCGGGCUCUGGGAAGCAGCCGUCAAGUCGCUGAAGAAACACUUGCGCAGCACGGUCGGCAAUGUUGUACUGUAUCAGGACGAAUUUCUUACUAUACUAACUCAAAUUGAAAGUUGCCUAAAUUCUCGGCCACUCACUCAGCUCAGUUCGGACCCUAACGAUCUGGAAGUGCUUACUCCUGGGCAUUUCUUGGUACAUCGAUCACUGGCCGCCAUUCCAGAACCAAGGCUCGAAGAUGUGCCUUCCAACCGCUUAGACCGAUGGCAGCAAACACAGGAAUACGUCCGGCGAAUUUGGAAGCAGUGGCAGUCGGAAUAUUUGUCCGGGUUGCAGCCUCGUACUCAAUGGACUCAACAACGAGACAACAUUUCGGUGGGUACCAUGGUACUGGUGAAGGAAGAAAACCUUCCACCACUUAAAUGGAAAUUCGGACGAAUACUACAAGUCUUCACGGCUGAUGAUGGCAACAUCCGGGUAGUAACCGUUAGGACGAAGGACGGUGAAUUUCGUCGUGGAAUCUCCAAAAUCUGCGUAUUGCCCAUUCAGAGACCUACGGAAUACCUCGAUGAUGAAGCCACUGAUCCACACGAAGGAACCUAG